AUGCGAAAGCCAAGUGAAAAACUUGCCCGAGGGCUUAUCAGAAUGUCAUGGUCAAAGAAAAAUCUCUUUAUUAUGCAUCUGCGUGGAAACACGCCACCACGCAUGCAGAACAAGUCUCUCUUCCAACAGAAAUGGCAAGCGAAAAAAGACACGCGCGGAUAUCAUGGGGCACAACUUAACGAAAGACAAUUUUUGAAGCUGUUCAAUACGCGUUUGCCCACAAGCAAUAUGCGUGUUGCUGGUCAAGCCACGAAGGAAAAGUAUCCCCCGCUUGCUGUUAACACGUUCGCUUGUUUGGAGAGGAGACUGGAUUUUAUCGUGUUUCGGAGUUGCUUCGCGCCGAGCAUCUGGUCUGCCAGGCAAUUGGUGGUGCAUGGCAAGGUUAGCGUUAAUGGAAAAAAAGUAUCUGCUCCUUCACAUUUAGCUCAAGAUGGCGACAUUAUCAGUGUCAAACCAUCCGCGAUUUCUUUCCUGCGUGAAGCUGACCCACCCAAUGAUAAUGCUCCACUUGUGUUCAAACCAAAACCAUUCAUGCAACCUUUCCUAUUUAUACCAGAGUAUUUGGAAGUAAACUUCAACACAUGUUCCACCGUAUAUCUUCGCGAUCCUAUCUCGAGAGAGGGGAAAAGUGAGAUACCGUCCCCUUACCCACCUGAAAUACACGCUUUAGCUCGUGAAUAUUAUGUUGGACUGAAGAGAAAGAGAAAGGAUAGAUAUAAUCGAUGGAAAAGACCUUUUUGA